CACCAUCACCCCCUGUUAAACCCUAAAUCCGCCUCCAAAAUCUGAACGAAAUCGCCACCAUGAAGAAAAAACAAAUCCCAAAUUCCCCGUUAGACGAUAAAGAAACCCCGAAGGAAAUCGACAACGAAAACGAAAUCCCUUUGGAAGAUGGGUCCGAUAUCUGUCAGCAACUCAUGGAUCGUUAUUCAAAAUCAUCAGCCCCGCAGCAUCGCCACCUAAUGGCCACUGCUGCCGCCAUGCGUUCCAUCCUUUCAUCUGAGUCGCUUCCUUUAUCUCCGCCGGCUUACUUUGCUGCCUCCAUUUCUGCCCUCGAUGAUGAUUCAGCAGCCACCCUUGAUUCGACGGCUAUCGGUGCGCUUCUGACGUUCUUGUCGCUUGUGGUUCCGGCGGUGCCGAAAGGAGGGAUUGCCAGUGGGAAGGCAAAGGAGGCGGUGGAAGUUGUGGUGAGAGUAUUGGGGAAGGAGGGAUUGGGAGUUGCGAGUUUGAGAAGUGGGGUGAAGUGUUUGGGGUUGUUGCUUGUCGGAUUUUCUGAUUUGCAGGAUUGGCACUCGGUUCAGUUUGGUCUAGAGUCAUUGCUUGGAUUCGCCAUUGAUAAACGACCCAAGGUUCGGAGAUGUGCUCAAGAAUAUCUUGAGAAGUUUUUUAAGUCUUCACAGUCCUCAGAUGUUAUGAAGGAGGCAAGUAAAUUGGUACUUUCCUUGCUAAAAAGCCAUAUGCCUGUUGCACUUACCUUAAACACCAUAAAAAGUGCAGAUGAUUCUAAGGAUGAAACAUUAUCGAAUCCUGAACAUUUGGAGGUCCUUCAUAUGUUAAAUGUGCUGAAGCUUACUGUUCCAUAUCUCUCUGCCACAAUCCGUUUGAAAAUUUUAUCAGAACUAUGUAAACUUACUAGUUCUGAGUUCUCUAUUCUUACACGGAACAUUCAUAAAACCAUUGAAGUAUUUUUUGGGAACUCAAAUGCUGAAGCGAUUAUACCAGCGACGGAGAACAUUAUAGUUUCUCUUUCUUCUUAUGUCUCUGGGGAGAAGAAUCCUGUUGACACUCUCAUAUCUGCCGCAACUUUGUUAAAAUGUGCUGUAGAUAAACUUUAUGCUGUAGACUCAAACUCCUGGACGAAGCACACUCCUUUUGUUUAUGAUUCAUUAGCAGCUCUUUUGUCUUCUGAGGCUAGCGUGGCAUCACAUGCAUCAGAUAUUAUGAAGGAGUUGAUUACCGACCAUAUAGAUCUGAAGUCUCUUUCAUCUGAUAACAAUGGCCUUGGUAGUGAGGAAGCAGAUGCAUUAAAAUCUAUAUGUUCAAUCUUUGAGAAUACCCUAAGUUCAAGUGAUGGAAUUCCAAACGAGCAUGUUUUGGCUGUCUUGACUGUUUUGUUUCAGAAACUCGGAGAAUCCUCAUAUAUAUUUAUGAAGGGCAUUGUACAUAAACUUGCUGACUUAAUGACUCGCAUUAGUGGGAACACAUCUAACACAAACCAUCUUCAGAAUUGUGUAGGAUCAGCAGUUACUGUUAUCGGGCCAGAGAGGAUUCUGACUCUUUUGCCUAUAACCCUUUCUGUUGAUAACUUCAUGCAUUCAAACAUGUGGUUGGUAUCCAUAUUGAAAGACUAUGUCGUUGGAGCAUCUCUUAGCUAUUAUAUGGAGCAUAUAGUGCCACUUGCAAAAUCCUUUCAGGAAGCAAGUUGUAAAGUAAAAAAGUCUGUAAUUCGUCAAGAUCUGCAGGCUCACAGUCAUAGCCUCUGGGGAUUACUACCUGCCUUUUGUCGUUAUUCUAUUGAUACACACAAGAGGUUUAAAGCUUUGGCUGAACUUUUAAUUGAUAUUCUUAAGGAGGACUCGCUUAUGCAUGAAAAUAUUGCUGUUGCCAUACAGAUUCUUGUCAACCAAAACAAAAAUAUACUUAGAUCUGGAGAGGAUGCUGAUGAAUCAAACAAUACUGUAAUGGGAGACUCUAAAUUAGAGCUCAGAAUUCCAGACACUUAUUCAAAGAAAACUGCAACCAAAAAUAUCAAGGCAUUAUCAUCAUGUGCUCCGGAGAUUCUUCAGGCUCUAACUGAUGUAUUUAUUCAUUCCAUUCCAGCAAAGCGUUUAUAUCUUAAGGAUGCCAUUGGAUGCUUGGCUUCAAUAACAGACUCUUCUAUUACCAAAAGGAUUUUUGUGUUAUUGGUUGAGAAGCUGCAGUCCAUUGAUGGUGAAGGUGAAUUUGUAAAGCAAGCUGAUAAUGCAGAUGAGGUGGUGGAAAAAGAAAAAAACACUAAUACUAUGGGUAAAGAUGCAAGCAGGUGUAUCAUAAUGGAGCUGGCAUCUUCUCUUAUUUCAGGGGCAGAGGAGGACCUUAUUGAUUUUAUCUAUGUCUUAAUAAAGCAAACUUUCCAGGAAACAAAUGAGAUCGGUCAUCAUGAAGCAUAUUAUGCUUUAAGCAGAAUUUUGGAGGAGCAUGCUUGGUUUUGUUCUUCUAAAUCGGAGGAGUUGAUUGAUCUAUUACUUGGCCUAAAAUCUCCAGCUGAUACUCCAUCUCUUAGAAACCGGCUUGAUUGCUUCAACACACUAAUGGUUCAUACCUUGAAGGUGAGCUCAUUGGAGGAAAAUACGAAGCCAUUCCUUAUUCUUAAUGAGAUUAUAGUCACAUUGAAGGAUGGAAAGGAAGAAACAAGGAAAACAACUUACGAUAUAUUACUAAAGAUGAGUUCUACCUUAAGAAAGUCGUCAGAUCUCGAAUCUGAUCCACCCUAUCACAAACUGAUUAGCAUGAUAAUGGGAUAUCUUUCUGGUUCAUCACCUCACAUUAAGAGUGGAGCAGUGGCUGCCCUGUCUGUUCUCGUGUAUGAUGAUCCUGAGAUAUGUAUCUCAGUGCCUGAUCUUGUUUCUUCUAUUUUAUCCUUGUUGCAAACCAAAGCUGUGGAAGUUAUAAAAGCUGUUUUGGGUUUUGUAAAAGUCUUGGUUUCCACCUUGCAAGCUAAAGACCUGCAGAAUUUUCUUUCCGAUAUUAUCAAUGGAGUUCUACAGUGGUCAUCUAUCUCGAGAAAUCAUUUCAGAUCAAAGGUCACUAUAAUACUGGAAAUUUUGACAAGAAAGUGUGGUAUUGCUGCUGUUCAAUCUGUUGCUCCGGAAAAGCACAAGGGUUUUCUGAAUACCGUUAUAGAGAACCGACGUGGCAAAACGACUUCUGAAGAAACUGAUGUCAAUGAUGCAGACAAAGUACCCGUGGGUUCAUCAACCGAAGGGUCUCGAAAGAGGAGAGAUAAGGGAUUCGGUGCUUUUAAAAGUAAAAACGACAUGAUCGAACACCGAAAGAGAAAAAGGGACAAAAGGGAUGGUGGCAGCAAGCACGCCAAAUCAAGUGAACAUGUUGGCCAUGGUGGUGGAAUGAAAAUGGCUAAAAGAGCUAAGCACUUAGGAAAUUCAAUGAAGGAUCAUUCAGAAGGAAAUGGUAAAAAGAAGAAUUUCGACAAAGGGUCCAGCACCGGCAGAGGUCAGAAGAGAAAGAUAAAUCAGGCAACUACGAGCCAAAAGGGUGAGGCAGCUGGUGAUAAACGACAUUCUUUCAAGGUACAAACUCGACCCAAGAAAUUUAGAGGGGUAAAUAAGAAAGGUGACAAGUAAAAAAAUAUACACACCGGGUUGGUUCAGCAAAGCUGGACAAGAUUUUGUUGUAGUUUCUUAUUUAUAUGAAGGUUGAGUGAUUCAGUAAUCUAUGGAAUCUGCAAGUUUCGAAUCCAAA